AUGGCUCAAAACGAGAAGGUCAACUGGAACAGCGUCGAGACCUGGCAGCGUGUGGUCGCCGCCAUGCUCGCUACCGGCAUCAAGCCUGACCUGCGUCAGACUGCAACCUACUUCGGCACCACGUACGACACCCUCGAGAACCGCUUCCGCAAGAUCAAGAAGGUAUGUACUACACAUCACCGCCGUUAUGCAGCUGCUAAUACAAUUAAAGGAAGCCGAUGUGCUCAAGGGCGAGGUCAGCAACGGUGCGCGCGGAGAAGUCACUGCUCCCAGCCGCCAGAAGUCGGCGCCGACCACUCCACGCAAGCGGCAGACUCCUAAGAAGGACGCUCUGAGCUGUAAGCAAGCAGCGCCAUUAGUUGCUGCGAGAUGAUCCCACUAAUCCACAAUCGUAGCUGUUUCCAACGGCCGCAUUAACAAAUCCACCCCGAAGAGUAGCAAGAAGUCGGGAAUCAAGCAGGAGCAAAUCGACCAGCGCUUCACGGCCACCCUCACGGACGAAGUUCACGACCCGACGGACAUGAGCUUUGACAUGGGUACGUCUGCUCCUCUCUCUCGCUUCUCACGGCUGUCACUAACACGGGCUAGACUUCGGCAACCAGGACGACCUUCUCGACGAAUACGUCUAG